AUGAUACAAGAACAUUCCGCCAAAGGGCAGCAUAACUUAAAUGGAAGUAAACAAAGUAAUACAACAGUAAACAUCUCUGAGGACAAAGACAGUCAGAAUGCUGGAAUAUCUCAAGAAUGUGAAGUAUACAGCAAAUUAUUCACUUAUCCUAUUCAUCUACAAAAACACGUAAGAAUUCACAGUGGAGAGAAACCCUAUGAAUAUAAACAAUGUAAUGGAACAUUCAAGAGAUCCAGUCAUCUUUGGAAACAUGAAAAAACUGACAGUGGACAGAAACCCUAUGAGUGUAAACAAUGUAGUAAAACAUUCAGUCAAGCUGGUCAUUUUCAUAUACAUGGACGAACUCACAGUGGAGAGAAACCCUAUGAAUGUAAACAGUGUAGUAAAGCAUUCAGUUGUUCCAGUCAUCUUCAGAGACAUGAAAGAAUUCACAGUGGAGAGAAACCCUAUGAGUGUAAACAAUGUAGUAAAACAUUCAGUCAAGCUGGUCAUUUUCAUAUAUAUGAACGAACUCAAAGUGGAGAGAAACCCUAUGAAUGUAAACAAUGUAGUAAAACAUUCAGUUGUUCCAGUCAUCUUCAGAGACAUGAAAGAAUUCACAGUGGAGAGAAACCCUAUGAAUGUAAACAAGGUAGUAAAACAUUCAGUUGUUCCAGUCAUCUUCAGAGACAGGAAAGAAUUCACAGUGGAGAGAAACCCUAUAAAUGUAAACAAUGUAGGAAAACAUUCAGUUCUUUCAGUCGUCUUCGGUUACAUGAAAGAAUUCACAGUGGAGAGAAACCCUAUGAAUGUAAACAGUGUAGUAAAACAUUCAGUGAUUCCAGUACUCUUCGGAAACAUGAAAGAAUUCAUAGUGGAGAGAAACCUUAUGAGUGUAAACAAUGUGGUAAAACAUUCAGUUCUUCCAGUAGUCUUCGGUUACAUGAAAGAAUUCACAGUGGAGAGAAACUCUAUGAGUGUAAAUUGUGUAGUAAAACAUUCAGGCAAUCCAGUACUCUUCGAGUACAUGAAAGAAUUCACAGUGGAGAGAAACCCUAUGAAUGUAAAUUGUGUAGUAAAACAUUCAGGCAAUCCAGUACUCUUCGGGCACAUGAAAGAAUUCACAGUGGAGAGAAACCCUAUGAAUGUAAGCAGUGUAGUAAAGCAUUCAGUUGUUCCAGUACUCUUCGGGCACAUGAAAGAAUUCACAGUGGAGAGAAACCCUAUGAAUGUAAACAAUGUAGUAAAACAUUCGGGCAUUCCAGUCAUCUUCAGAGACAUGAAAGAAUUCACAGUGGAGAGAAACCCUAUGAAUGUAAACAAUGUAGUAAAACAUUCGGGCGUUCCAGUCAUCUUCAGAGACAUGAAAGAAUUCACAGGGGAGAGAAAUUCUAUGAAUGUAAACAAUGAAGUAAAACAUUGAGCCACCCAUGGAGAUCACCACCUCCAACCGUCUCCCACUCCCUGGUAUUCACACUUUUCUUGUGUGUGGUUUUAUUUCAUGCAGAGAAUGUUGACCUACAUAUCCAGUGAUAUAGCAGACAUGAGAAUAUGCAACUCUGAGGGCAGUUUCUGCCUCUUUCUUUCAGAAAUAUUUUAUUGAUUUAUUAUUGGAUAGAGACAGAAAUUGAGAGGGAGGGGGAGAUAGACAGAGAGACACCUGAGUCCUGUUUCACUAUUCGUGAAGUUUUUCCCCACAGGUAGGGGCCAGGGCCUUGAACCCAGGUCUUUAUGUACUGUAAUGUAUGUGCUAAACCAGGUGUGCCUCCACCUGGCCCCCAGAACUGAGACUUUUUGCCAGUAGCCAGAUCCAGGUGAGAAAACUCUCAGGAAUGUGGCCUCUUGCUCUGGUCAAGUCUCUAGAUGACACAUGCCCACCAUCUUUUUUAAUUUUUAAAUUUCUUUAUUGGGGAAUUAAUGUUUUACAUUCAAUAGUAAAUACAGUAAUUAGUACAUGCAUAACCCACCCACCUCAGAGACUUUUACUUUGUUGCAAUACGCCAAUUCCAGUUAAAGUUCUUGUGUUUUUUCUUCUGAUCUUGUUUUUCAACUUCUGCCUGAGAGUGAGAUCAUCCCAUAUUCAUCCUUCAGCUUCUGACUUAUUUCACAUAACAUGAAUUUUUCAAGGUCCAUCCAAGAUCGGCUGAAAACGGUGAAGUCACCAUUUUUGACAGCUGAGUAGUAUUCCAUUGUGUAUAUAUACCACAACUUUCUCAGCCACUCAUCUGUUGUUGGACACCUGGGUUGCUUCCAGGUUUUGGCUAUUACAAAUUGUGCUGCCAAGAACAUAUGUGUACACAGAUCUUUUUGGAUGGAUGUGUUGGGUUCCUUAGGUAUAUCCCCAGGAGAGGAAUUGGAGUGUCAUAGGGUAGGUCCAUUUUUAGCCUUGUGAGAGUUUUCCAGACUGUUCUCCACAAAGGUUGGACCAAUUGACAUUCCCACCAGCAGUGCAGGUGUCUCUGCCUCCCUGUCUCCCUUUUCGCUCUUGAUUUC